UUUUUUUUUUCAUUUGGUCUAUUUUGACUUUUUGUUGAUACUUUUUUUUAAUUCUAUUAUGUUUCGUCCCAAUUCCGGUGUAGAUCUAAAUGACUUUCCAGUUUUAGGUACUCCACCAUCUUCAUCAAGUCGACCUACCAUGACACCUACCAUGUCACCAUCAUCCACCAUGUUACCAAAUACAAAUAGUAGCAAUAGCGGUCGCAUUAGUUAUGCUUCUACAGCAGGAGGUCCUUUUAGUAAUAGCCCGUUCAACCAACAACAACAACAAAACGGCAUCUAUCAACAAGAUUCUUUACCAACAACUGGAUCAACUGUAAGGUCUUCUGGAUCUUUACUUGGUCAGCGUACAUUCUCUAUGGACGAUUUCCCUGCCUUGCAAAGUAAUGAAAGUGGCUACAUGAAACAACAGCAACAACAACAACAACAACAACAACAACAACAGCAGCAGCAGCAACAGCAACAACAACAACAACAACAACAACAGCAGCAGCAGCAGCAACAACAACAACAACAAGAUUCCUGGGGAAGUGGAUUUAUAGGUGAUAAUGCAGGUAACCUUUCAUCUUCUAUACCGCAACCCGUCAAUGGAUCCUCGAAACAUUUUGGAACAAAAGCUGAUAAUUUACCAUCAUCUCAAUGGGCGCAAGGAAGAAAUGAUGUGGCACAACUGCAAAGAAAUGGUAGGGAUACGGAUCAUCAUCAAGAUAACAGCGCAAUAUCAUCAUGGCCUGAAGAUUCAACAACAGCACCAGCAAACCCAUCAUCAUUACCAUCAUCGAAAAACAACAGCAGUAAUCCCAAUAACCUUCCAAGUGGUUCAGAUCCUUAUGGCCUAUUAGGAUUACUUGGAGUGAUACGAAUGACGGAUCCUGAUCGAAGUAUGUUGGCUCUUGGAAGUGAUUUAACAACUCUGGGAUUGGAUUUGAAUACAGCAGAUUCCAUCUAUUCGACGUUUAUCUCUCCAUGGUCAGACACACAAACUCCACAAGGACUGCAUGUAGAACCUGGUUAUUAUUUACCUCCAUGUUAUCGAAAUGUACAAGCCUCUCCUAGUGCUCAUCAACGUAUGCGAACCUUCUCUGAUGAAAUCUUGUUCUAUGUAUUCUAUUGUAUGCCAAAAGAUAUAUCUCAAGAAGCUGCUGCUCAAGAAUUAUAUGCACGAAAUUGGAGAUAUCACAAAGAAUUAGGACUGUGGUUGACCAAGGAAACAGAUGAAAAUGGACGACCGGUACAAGUAUUUCGACGUACUUCUGCAAGUGGUGUGGAUCGAGGUGUUUAUGUGUUUUUUGAUCCUACUACUUGGCAAAAAGUAAAACGGGAAUGGACAUUAUCUUGGGAUAGUAUCGAAGAACGACAUCAACAACCUCAACAACAACCUCAACAACAACAACAAGGUGCAUUCCCUUCUUCUGCUUCUUCAUCACAAACUGGUUUGUCUAAUCCUCCACCUCCACCGCCUUCUGGUUCUUCCAUGUCCAAUAGGGGGUUGAUGAUAUAAAGAAUAGCACUUUACUUGC